AAAAACUGCGCUGACGUCCAUUCUGUUCGGGAGUAUUAUGGUCUGUCGGGAAUUCAGAGUGGCUGGGACUGGAGAAAAAUAUCUGCUCUGCUAGCGUUAGCGUCCACCCAGCUAACGGGAGGUAGCACUGGGGUAAACAUGGAGCUUUCUGCCGUCGGAGAGAGGGUGUUCGCUGCCGAGUCUAUCAUCAAACGCAGAAUCAGGAAGGGUCGCAUUGAAUACCUCGUGAAAUGGAAGGGGUGGUCUCCCAAAUACAGCACUUGGGAACCGGAGGAAAAUAUUCUGGACUCCCGCCUGUUCGCCGCUUUUGAACAGAGGGAGCGUGAAAGGGAGCUCUACGGGCCCAAAAAGAGAGGACCAAAACCCAAGACGUUUCUGCUUAAGGCUCAGGCAAAGGUGAAGUCCAAGUCCUAUGACUUCAGGAGCGAAGCAGUCCGAGGAAUGCGCGUCACCUACCCGACCCCAGAACCGGUUGCCACCCCCAGGGCCAGAGAGGGCCUGAGAGCUGUCGUGCCCACCAUCUUCCCACCGAGUACCGUCAACCGUGGAGAAAGCGUACGCGUCCGACCGCCUGAACUGAGCCCCCGUGAGCACCAGCAGUCUUUGCUUCAUACUAGUUCAGAAGACCUUAUCCACAUACCUAAAAAGAGAGGUCCCAAGCCUAAGCCGCGGUUUAAUGAUGUCUUCUCUGAGCACCAUAAAAGGAGAGGAGUGGAGCAGGAGAGCCACGGCCCUCACAAACUGGCUAAGCUCCAGGGGGGUGAAGACAUGAGGCUGGUCAAACUGGCCCACAGACAUCCAGAGAACCACGGCCACAGCCAUAAACAUCAUUACCACCACCAUCACCACCACCAUCACCACACACAGCGCUCUGGGGAGAGCUCCUACAAACAGCUGUACUCAGACCGCGGCCUGCAUCCUCACAGAACAGACAUGGACACUCACAGGAUGAAGGACGGCUCCGGCUACCUGGUACCUGCACACUUCAAGCACCACUCCAAAAUGAGUCUGAGUCGCCCCGCCGAGCUCCCACAAAUGGAAAAGCCUUAUUUUCUGGACAGGCCGUCCCCAACGCGGCUCGACGACGACUUGGACGAAGUGACGUGGAGGCCGUCUCUCGGCAACGUGGAGAAGGUCCUGGUGACAGACGUGACCGCCAACUUCCUGACGGUCACCAUCAAGGAGAGCAGCACUUCUAAAGGCUUCUUCAAGGACAAAAGAUGACUGACUGACGCUCUGUUUUCUGACUUUCAGCAGAUGUACUCUGAAGUUUAUAGGACAUGGUGGGAUUAUCAAGCAAAGCAGAUUUUGUAUGUAAUGUAAAAAGGCAAAUAACAUAAUGUGCAUAUGUGUAUAUAGUAUAAAGCUGGACAUCUAUUUAAUGUAUUGACCAAAUCAAAUGAAGUCCCUUUCACAUUGUGCAAUGGUUAACAUGAGUUGCAUGUUUCCUUUGCAGCGAGUGGCUACUUUCUGUACAGAUCUUGUGACUUUUACUAUUUUGCAUUUAUAACUAACAAGAAUGUAUUUUUUCCACGUUUCUUCCCACCUGAGCUGUGCAGCGAGGAUAUUUAAUUCAGGUUGUGGUCUGAAUAAUUCUCUUUAUUUGAACCGAUUUGACUGAAAGGUUUCGCUUGAUUUCAAAUCCUGGAAUAAUAUUUAAAAAUUAACUCAAGCACUUUGAAUUUAAAAGUAUUAGAAAAAAAACUUUAUGUUGUCUUCAAAGACCGAGUUUGCCUCGGAGUUUUCUAAAACCUAAACUAAAUUAACAAAUUCAACACACUCUCUAAAGUUUUCCCAAAGUUAAUAUAACAUUUUCCAUUAACAUAGUUCCUAUAUUUUACAUUUUCAUAGAAAAACGAUCAUACAGCUUUGUUGUAACUGAAAAAAAAGAGGUUGUUGUCAAACUGCUUUUUA